ACAAACCACGACUCGAGACACUUUGUCCUCUGGCGCAAGCGGCCAAUAAAUAGGGGGUCUGUUCAUUUUCAGGUGUUUUUCUUUCUUGCCGAUCAGACAUGAAGCCGUUCCUGCUCCUGCUGCUGCUCUUGCCAGUCUUCUCAGCGGCCGAUUCAAUCCGCUGCUACGGCGAAGACCACUUGUUGGUGCGGAACAUGGAGCUGACCUGCGACACCAGCAACCAACCGCAGGCCUGCUACACCCGAGAAAACGGUCUGAAAGGCUGCAUCGACGUGGCGCUCUGCUCGCGGUCCGGAUUUGUGUGCUGCAAUACCGAAUUAUGCAACGUCUGACGCCAAUAAAAUGUGCCAUAUUCUCA